AUGAAUAGAUCAAUUAGUUAACUAAGUAAGACUAUUGAAUCCACAGGAGGUGGAUAAGAUGAGAUUUUAGAGAUAUCACAGUCAUCAAUUACUAUACCUUAAGGUGAAGGUAGGAAAUUUGGAGAUAUUGGCAAAUUAUUAUCAGCCGCAUCAGCGAUUUAAAAAUUUAAGUCAAAUUUUGUAGCAAAUGUAAAAGAAAAUGUUGCAAAUUAAUAAGAUAUAAAAAACAUAACAGAGAGCUAUAUGAUAGAGCAAAUUAUAUUAAUGACAGAGUUUUGUUAUACUCUUAAGGAUUAUGAUAAGCAAGUAUAAAAUGCUGAUUCUUUAAAAUAGCGCUAAUAAAUAGAAGAAUAAAGAGAUAUGUAAGUAAAAGAAUUGUUUGUUAGGCUGCAGGAAGACUAAGUUAUAGAUUUUUUGUAAAAAGGAAACUACGAAAUAGAGAUACUGCAAGAUAUCUUAGAUAUUUGCUUGGUUAUAUUUAAUGAGUUUAUGCUGAAAGAUUAAUACAUUUAUCAAGAAUCUCCUCUCUGUAGUUUAUUUAGUUUUCUUUAAUAACUCACUCUUCUCCCAGAGGCUUAGAAUCUCUUGUUAAAUAGCAAAACUUUUUAUGAGCUCAGUUCAAAAUUCACUAAAAAGUCAAUCAAAGAUUUAACAUUCUGGUAGCGUGAGUUAGAAUUUAUAACUGUAAUCAGUAAUAUAGUUUCCUAUUAAGAAAUAACUGAUUUUACAAGUGUUAUGUUUUUACAAUAUGCUGAAAUCCUUAUAUAAUUUUAUGACUUCAUUCAAAAAGACCAUUCUAAAGUUAUUGAACAGCGUUAAAAAGAGACCAAAAGAAAAGAUAUAGAGAGGACACCCAAGUUUCUAUAAGAGGAAGGAAAGGAGUAAAUCAGACUCUAUCUGGCAUUAUUACCUGCUUAUUUAGUUGAAUUUUCUGCCUUCACAAAAUACAGUUUUACACUCAAUUUUGAUAACUUGUAAAAUGAUAAAAAACAAGGAUUAUCUAACUCAGAAAAACUAUAGAGGCAAUACACCAAAAUAGCAAUUUUAUGCAGAAUGUGUUUAGAUAGCAUAGAAAAAAAUGAGCUUUCAAAAUGUUUAGGCGAGAUUGUAACAAAAAUGAAAGACAUGCUUCCUACUUCAUCUUCAAUUAUAAAGAGAAUGAUUUUAUCAUUUUUUAAAUAUUAUGUAAAGACAAAUGAUAUGAGGUGCUGGUUUAAGUUUUCAUCACCUCAUUUAGCUAUAGACUCAACUAACACAGUUCAGAAUGUUAUUGUUUUAGGAAAUCCUUAUUACUUUGGUAACGAAAUAGGUCUUUAUACCAAUUGGGGUGCUUUUUUCGAUGAAGGAGAUGUUAUUUACCUCAAAGACAGAAUAAAAUUUGAUUAAACUUCUUAAAUACGUUCGUAUUCUAUCAGUUUAUGGUUUAUAUAUCCUUUUCGUACUUUGAAUGAGUAUUUAAAUCCAGAUGAAACUACAUUCAUAGAUAUAGCUGCUCAGAGUUCCACACCAAUAAACAGAAUGUAGCGCAAAAUUAUUAAAAAUUUCCGCUGCUUUCUGUAAUGCGAGUCAGGAAAUGGCUGUAUUUUAGGCAUUUUAAAUGAAUAAAAAGUAGUAUUUUUUGAUGAUGAAUUUCGUAUGCAUUCAUUUGAUAUGGUAAACAAAAAUGAAGGAUGGAAUAAUAUAAUUUUGAGCGUUGAUAAUAUGACUUAAAAUGUAAAAAUAUAUAUGAAUAGCAAAGAAAUUUCAAAUAAAUUCAAUGUCACUAUAUCUAGAAAUAUUGCCUUCAUUGGAAACUCCAUUUAAAAAACAGAGCCUUGUGGUACUAUUUGUGAUUUGAGGUUUUUUGAUUCAAUUAUACCAGAUGAGCUUAAAGAUAAAAUUGUGCAUUAUAAUAGAAUCUAAAAUAUGCCCGACUUUUUAUAUUUUGAUUUAGAGUAAUUUGGAGUCUGUGAGGCAAUCGAUUAAGCUUUAGAAAAAAACAAAAAAGAUGAUAGAUUUAUUCAAGACACAGUUAAAUGCAUAAUUAGCCUCACAACCAAUCAAUACACUAAAGGAAAACUAAUAUCAUAAGGAGUCUUCAAUAAAAUUGUACCCUUAACAUUCCAUAAAAGCUAUGAAAUAAGAUUGCUUAGUUAAAAAGCUCUUUUGUAUUUUUACUGA